CCGCGUAUCAAAAGCAGUGAGGCAAGAGUGGAGAAGAGAGAGAGAGAGAGAGAGAGAGAGAGAGGCAGUAAUAAUGGCGGUUUCAGUGCCCAUUGUGGCUAUCGUCUGCUCCCUUCACCUCAUCGCCUUCGUCCUCGCCGUCGGGGGCGAACACCGCCGUAGCACCGCGAAAGUGGUGCCGGACCAGUACGACGAGAAAACGUACUGCCUCUACGAUUCCGACGCCUCGACGGCGUACGGCCUGGCGGCGUUCGGGUUGCUGCUGAUAAGCCAGACGGUGGUUAACGGCGUAACCAAGUGCUUCUGCUUUAGCAAAGGCCUCUUUGGCGGGACCUCCACUACAUGUGCCGUCUUCUUCUUCAUCUUCUCCUGGGUUAGCUUCUUGGGGGCAGAGGCAUGCUUAUUGGCUGGAUCGGCAAGGAAUGCGUAUCACACCAAAUACAGAGCAACCUUCCGUGUGCAGGACUUGUCAUGCGCAACUCUGCGUAAAGGAGUGUUCGCGGCUGGCGCGGCUCUUACCCUGCUGUCAAUGUUGGGAUCUGUCCUCUAUUAUUGGGCUUAUUCCAAGGCCAAUACUGGUGGAUGGCAAAAGCACCACAAUGAGGGACUCGAUAUGACAAACUCUAAUUUUGCAGAGCAUCAGAAGACUAAUGAAUUUGAGAAGGCUUAGAUUUGGGUCUUGAUGAGGUAUGUAGCUGCAGUUUUUGGUGGCUUUUGUUGAGAAACUGAGAUAGAUGUGCAAGAAAAACCAAACUCUUGAUCAGCUAUGUACUUGUUUAAGUCAUACAUCGUGUUUGGAAAGCAAAUUAUAGUAUUAUGGUUGUCUAGUUUUUAUA